AUGGCGACGUCGAGCGCGACGGCGUCGAUGGAAGCGGUCGGCGCGGCGCGGUGCUGGCGUCGGCAUCACUCCGCCGCGCGUCCCCGCCAGGUCGCGCGCGCGCGCCGCGGCCGCGCGCGCUGUCGCGCGUCCUCCUCCGCGUCCGACGGCGCCAGCCCGGGUGACGACGAAGUGGAUAGCGCGAAGUCAUCGGACGACCCGUCCUACUCCUCCUCCUCCUCCUCCUCCCCCUCCUCCUCGAUGGACGGCGCGUCGCUCGCGUCGGAGUUCAUGAAAAUCGCCGCGGAGCGCGCGCGUAAAGAGGAACUCGCGAUGGCGACGCGAUGGAAGCAGGGCGGCCUCCGACCCAGGGUCGUCCACGAGAACGCGUCCGAGUUUCUGCGAAGGGUCGACCUGCGCUUCCCGCUCGCGGUCUUCGGCACCGCGUCCGGCGCGGUCCUCGUCGCGGACUGCACCGAGCUCGGGGGCUUGGAGUACCGAGAGCGCGCGACGAGGCUCCUCGCGUCGUGCCCGGACGCGCACGCGCGCGAUUGGAACGCCGCGGAAGAUCGCGGGCUCGGCGAGCGAUCGCUCCUCGGUCUCUACGACGGCGGCGCGGUGACCGCCGUCGCCGUGGACGCCUUCGAAUUCAAAUCCCUAAACGACAGCUCCAGCGAUGUCACGGACGAGUCCUCGACAUCUAUGAACGUCGUGUGCUCCGGCGGCCGCGACGGCGUCCUCAACGCGUGGGUCGUCCCCGAGGACGCGGACGUCGACGACAUGGCGCGACGGAAGGCGCCCGUCGCCGGCGCCGCGUUGCGAGAGCUCGGCGCCGCGACGCAUCCGAACGUGGUCACGUCAAUCGCGACGCACCCGGCGACGAACGCCGUGUGGACGUCGUGCCUCGACGGCGUCGUGAGGAAGUGGACGCUCGUCGACGGCGAGGCCCCGAACGCGCUGCGGAUCGCGCGCGAGCACGACGUCGGGCAGCCGGCGUUCGACGACGACGGCGUUUUGUACGCCGGUCUCGCCGACGGCGCCGUCGUCGCGUUCGACGUCCGCGGCGACGACGACGACGACAGCGCGGCGCCGCUGUGUAGAUUCGUCGCGCACGACGACAGCGCGACGCGGAGCAUCGCCGCGUGCGCGGGCGGCGUGCUGACCGGGAGCAGCUCCGGGGUCGUGCACGCGUUUCGGUGGCGCGCGCGGCGCGACGACGACGCCGCCGCCGCGACCGCGACCGCGCCUCCCGUGCUCGUGUCGAGGCUGAUCGGGCACCGGCAGGCGGUCGUCGCGCUGUGCGCGAGGAACGCCGCGCACGUCGUCAGCGGCGCGCACGACGGCACCGUGCGCGUGUGGGACAUGCCGAGGUUAGCGCGGGACGAGCGGGGAGACGACGGCGACGGCGCGCCGGGCGAUUGCGACGACGGCGACGGCGGCGGCGGCGAGGAGGAAGGAUUCGGGACCGGCGGGCACGGCGACGAGGCCGGGUUCGAGCCGGUGGCGGAGCGAAGAGAGGCGCUGUACGCGGUGACCGGGCACACGGUCUGGCUCGGCGGGGUCGCGUGCGACGACACGAGGCGCGUCCCGCGCUCUGUUUGUUUCGUUUCGUUUCGUUUUCGAGCCCGCGUUUGUGGUUUUUCACCCUGA